CAUGAACUGUGUAUGCCACUUGGUUCUGAUAUUUGAAAACGAAAGAAUCUAAUAAGUUGAUGCAGUUUUUAGUGAACGCCAAAGGGCACAACACUGCAUAAGGAACAAAAGUAAGUAAAGUAGUGACAUAACGCAAUCUUACCCUCCCUAUAAAUAGGCUAACUUUGUAUAUCAAACAACCACCGAGAUAAGUUCCUCUCUCACACUAAGUCCUACAUUCCUCAUACUCUAUAUAGUACGUCCCAAAUGGAAAGCAUAAGAAGUUUAGUUGCAGACAAACCAGUGGUGCUUUUCAGCAAAAGCUCCUGCUGCAUGAGCCACUCUAUCCAAACACUGAUAUCCGGAUUUGGUGCAAAGAUGACAGUGUACGAGCUGGAUCAGCUGUCUAACGGGAAGGAGAUCGAGAAGGCGUUGGUACAGAUGGGGUGUAAGCCGAGUGUACCAGCGGUGUUCAUAGGGGAACAGUUAAUCGGUGGAGCUAACCAGGUGAUGACUCUCCAAGUCAAGAACCAACUAGCCGCAUUGCUAAGAAGAGCCGGAGCCAUAUGGGUUUAAAGACCAAAAAAAUACAACUAGAAUAGAAUAAGUGAUGAGAAGAAUCUAUACUUUCUUUUGCCUUUUUUUUUCGGGUUUCGAGUUUCUACAAUGCACGGUUAUGUUUUAAUCAAGUGCAAAAGUCUGUAGUCACACAACCCUGAUGCUAAGAUCAAGAACUUGUAUUCUCAAUGUAUCAGCAAUGCUUAUUAAUAAUCAAUAGAGAAAGAUUUGCUUUU